CCGACCGCUGAGCACACAGUAGGCCCCGCUCCACGCCACGGCAACACGUCACUCCCAGAAUCCUCCGCGAGUGCCAGCUCCGUCCUGCGGCCUCAGGGUAUAACGGAACCGGCGGGAAGCGGAAUAACGGGGUUGGAAGAUGGUGAGACGUCUUCAGCGCUGUCUCCCGGAGGGGUGAUCCUGGAUAUCCAGCAGCAGAACAGGCAUCACCUUGGCACCAACGGUGAAAUGACAGCGCCCGUGGUUCUGCCAUGAAGACGCUUUUCUUUGAUGCUGCAAACAACGAUCAUAACACAGAGUGGAAAGCGGAGGCCAAGCCCCAGGUGGAAGAAGAUCCGGCCCACAGCAAGCUGCUGCAUGACGCCACCAGACUCGAUGCCCCCUGUAGCAGUGAGCAGGAGAGCCCGCCCCUCCCCCGGAGGUUCACCUGCCCCCAGCUGCUCUGCGACAAGACAUUUGCAUCCAAAUACAAGCUGUGCAGGCACAUGGCCACUCACUCUAUGCAGAAAUCCCACCAAUGCUCUCACUGUGGCAAAAUGUUCCACCGAAAGGACCAUCUGAAGAAUCACCUGCAGACCCACAACCCCAACCGUGUAGCCCUGCAGUGCCCGGAGUGCAGCAAAAACUAUAGCACAAAAUACGGACAUCGCCGCCACCUCGCCUUACACGCUAUUGCCAGGGGAGACCUUAGCUGCGCCAUCUGCCUGCAAGUAUUUCGAGACCGCCAGUCUGUGCUGGAACACCUGAAGAGCCACAACCAUCGGCCGUCCAUUGGCAACCGCGAAAAGAAGUACCCCUGCGAGCAUUGUGACCGCUGCUUUUACACUCGCAAGGAUGUCCGCCGCCACCUGGUGGUGCACACUGGCCGCAAGGAUUUCCAGUGUCACUGCUGCGCCCAGAUGUUCGGGCGUAAAGACCACCUGACACGGCACAUGAAAAAGAGCCACUGCGAGGAAGCCCCACGAAUCAAGACAGAACCGCAAGACGAAUUGAGCCACAUGAGCUGCCAGUCGACAGUCGUAAAGGAAGAGUGGGGGUCAAUCAUGUGCAUGCAGCCAAGAGACAUGAUCCCCACGGGGAUGUACACUACACCAUUCCAGCCAAUACCCAGUGCUGGCAUUCAUCAGUCCUUAGUGCCAACCUCAUUGUCCCUAGGGCUCAGUUACCCUGCCGAAAGCGUGCCUGCAUUCUCCACUGACCCAUCCAGCAGGUUCCAGUUCACGUCUACCUCAUACUUUCCCAAAAGUGAAAUGGAUCCUUUUAUGUCUGAUGGGUCCGGGGGACUGUCCCUUACCUCGCCCGAGCUGGCGCCAUGUACGCCUCAAGCUGCGUUGGAUGAAUCUUACCUCUCCGCCCUGUGCGAUCCUUUGUCAUCGGGCAUAGACUUCAACCAUUUCCUCAGCUUCUUGCCUGUUAAUUUCCCUUCUCUACCCAACCCUGAGAUACCCACAGGAGAAAAUCAGCAAUUCCUGGCACCUGGUGGCAGUGACUUGCCUCAUUAUACCUCAGAUGUAAACCCUACUACAUUGCCUCAGUUUCACCAAGCCUUCAAGUAAACCGGUGAGACUGUUUCUCAUCUUACCUCAUAUGAUACCCGGAGAGACCAUUGGCACCAUGUGCCAACUGGCGACUUUUUUAAAUUUUUUUUAGUGUUACCGUAUUUUACGGCCUCAAAGUUACUUUAAUUUGUCCAGUUUUGAAGCUAUUCCUCUUUCAUUUACCUCAGGAUCAGACACUGUGUCGUUCCACACGCUGGUGGAAACCAGAACGAUCCCAACUAAAAAGAAUAAUGUGAAAGAUGGUGGCGGGUUGUGAGGGGGAAACAAGAUGGCUGAUAGUUUAUCAAGCACAUGACUUGUAUCAAUAAGAUCCAUACGAUCUCCGCCCCCUCUGCCAGUCACUGAACAAGUACCUGUUUCAGUCCGGUUAGCCCGGACCAGUGCCAAGCAUCAUCUACCUCUUCCAUAUCCGUAUAGACAAUUCCUCACCAAGAUCAGUUGGAGCCGUGUCCGAUGGGUUGGUUUACUAACCUUGGUGGUGGCGGCCACUCGUAUUACCUCACUAUGCCGUUUACAGCGUGAAUUGUGACAAAAGCUACUCUGCUGAGCUCUGCCCCCCCAAUGAGCACCAUAGGAAUGCCCUACAUAGUUCUUCCCACAGUCACCUUUAGCAGUCCCACCUGUUAACUAAUUUCUCACCUUUCCAUUUAUUACUUUCGCUAUUGUAGUAGUUGUAGCUGCAGAUGUCCUGUUCUCUGCUGGUUGCCAAGGACAGCUUAUCCAUAGUAACCAGCCAUACAUGUCAGAUGGAUUAGAGUCUAUUCACAAGGCAGAAUUUCCACUCAUCCACACCAAUUCCGCUUCUGCACUCAUUUGGGUGGCUUCUGGCUUGUGCGGAAUUGGUGUGGAAUCCGCAUGCAGAAUUUCUGAAGUGUGAAUGGGAGUGUGGAAUCCCAUAGAAGUCUAUUGGGCCUUAAUUUGAGGCGGAAUCUGCAUAUGGAAGUUCUCCCGUGUGAAUAGAUUGUCACCAUGUUGGAAAAUCUAGUAGGGUGGACACUAUUGCAAUUCUGCAAUGUAGAAAGCAGAGUCCCCAGAGUGUGGGUAAUAUGCUUUAUAUUUAGUUCAGUGCCUUCGGGGUAGUGACCGCCCAGACCAGGCUGAUUGUCCCUCAGCUAUACCCAAAGUAUUAGAAAAACAUAGUAUCCUCUACUAUGCAUACCCAGUGUAGAAUGAAACAUUCUUUCUAAUAUAAAUUCCUAAUCAUGUUAAGGUCUCUGCUUGCUGGCAGUGAAUUAUAACAGUUGUUUUUACAACCUGUCCUCAUCACCUGUCGCUGACACAGUAGAGUUCUUCUUUUCACUAACAGCAAGCAGUGAUCCAGAAAAUGAGUAAUUGAAAUACCUGGAGUGGAGGGCGAUUUAUCAACUUGCGCCAUAGUUAUCUAAUUUUGUGCUGUUUUCAUGUUUGGAUUGUCUUCGUCAUUUUUCUUGCUGUGCACUUGCAGGGGUGCGGUUUGCAGAUGCACUGGAUGGUGUGCUGAAUUUAUCAUUUGCGCAAAAAUAAUGUUUGUAUUCAAAUAUAUUUUUGCUCUAUCCAGUGUCAUUUGCGCAAAUUCCUGAAAUGACGUAUACAACAUAAUUUUGCGCAUCAACUGGGAAAACACGCUUGCACAGCAGGUUUUGCAUUGUGCAAAAAUCUGCACUCAAGAUAACCC